AUGAAGACCGGACAAUUGAUCGUUAUUCCGUUGUCAUUCCCGUUCAUUUUCAUCCCAUUGGUCUCGGCAACGGAUACGUGGUCGUCACUAGGAUGCUUUAAGGCAUCCGAUGUUGCAUCUUUAUCCUCCAAAGGCUCGUAUAUCUGGCAGUCCUCGGGCUAUUGUCAACAACAGUGCCCGGGCAAGAGAAUUAUAGCCUUGAUUAAUGGUAACCAAUGCUUUUGCGGCGAUAGUGACCCCCUGAACAAAGCGGAUGAAUCAAACUGUAACAUGGGGUGUACCGGGUAUGAUAAAGCUGUGUGUGGUGGUGAUGGCUAUUAUACCGUGUUUGUCAAUACUGCCGUGCCAAAUCAAGAAAAUAAUGAAGAUAGUAGCUCAAGCUCAAGCACAUCAUCAAGAUCAUCAUCAUCAUCAUCAUCCUCGUCAUCUAGUUCGACAAGUGCUUCGACUUCUUCCAGCUCUGCCUCUACUGGUGGUGACAGCACUUUGUCAACACAACAGCAGCAGUCUAGCACGACUAGCCAGUCUACUUCGUCGCUGUCAAAUAGUGCAAUCACCUCAACAUCAUCUCCAUCAUCUGCAUCUCAAACUACACCUCAGGCUUCUACAACCACGGCCACGCCAGUCCAGUCGAUAAUCGUUGUUUCAACCAUCGUAUCCGCUUCAGGAAAUGGCCAAUCGACAGUUUUCAAAACAGUGACUCAAACACCAUCUACUUCGCCAUCACAAACGUCUUCACCCAGUAGAAACGAUAAUAACUCACCCUCGCAACUCCAAUCCAACCCAUCUUCAACCGAAUCGUCCUCCGCCGCUGCACUGGCACACCAGAACCAAAACCAGAAUCAAAACAAGGGCACUUCAGGUGGUGUAAUUGCUGGGGCAGUGGUUGGUUCAGUUGGAGGCGUGGGCCUCAUUGCAUUACUAUUGGGAUUCCUUUGGUAUAGACGAAGAAAAAAUCAAGAAAACGACGAAUACGGUGACUACUACGACGAUCAGUUCACUUUGUCGGGUCCAGAAAAGGGAGCAAUCCCAUCACCUACAGCUCCAGCUCCAACUAAACAAGAUCCUAAUCCAUUCCUACUUGCCGGAGGAUACCACUUUGAUACAUCACAGCAACAAAAACAGUCACCAUCUCAUCAGCAACAGCGGUAUGAUUCUUCAAGUAAUCAUCAUCAUCAGCAUCACCAAAAUAAUCUAAAUGCUAGUACCCCGCGACAACAGCAUUCCCGUGGGCCAAGUGUAUCUCAAGUGGCAACUGCAGCAUUAGGAAGAGAUAAUACCAGUAAUAGCCACAGAUAUAGCUCUCUGGGAGGCACGAACUCAUACAAGAAUGGAGAUGACUUGCUCCUUUUCCAAGAUAACGCCGCAAGUCGCGGUAACAACAACAACGUUAAUUAUUCAUCACCUUCGAUUUCACCUAUUAACCAAUCACAACAUCCACCAAUGGUUCAUCCGUAUGGAUCACUACUAGAUAACGACGACGUAGAUGACGACGAUGAUGCCCGACAUUUACAUACCCCGCGACCCGGUUACACCAGGAGGAAAUUGAGUAAUGGAUCGUUGCCGGAUAUGAUUGCUCGAGAACCUGGAUCUUUGAAAGUUGUCAAUAAUUAA